CAACUGUACUUGGAUAUGGUUGAAUGUGUUUUGAGAAGAUAUAGAAAAAAGAAAGGACUAUUAGAAAACAUCGAAGACCUGACAAACCAUUACAAACCGCAAUUGAAUCACCUUGGAAAGGUAGCGUUGAAUGGUUUACUUGACGAUAAGUUGGAUUUUAAUGAAAGUGAAUUGAGAAACCAUGCAAAAGACCUGACUGAAUUUGGAUUUCUGUCAGUGCAGCCUGGUGGCAGCAAAUUGAGACAAACACUGCAUUAUGCCUUCUUACAUAAAAGUUUUCAAGAAUUCUUUUCAGCAUUCUUCAUUUGUUCUCAGAUUCAAAGCAAGAAAAUUAAACCUGAAGAAUUAGUUUCCGAUCCAAGGUAUUUUGUUGAACUUAAACAAAUACUUUUGUUUUCAUGUGGAAUUUUAGGCAUGAAAUGCGAUGAACAAGUUGUGGCUCUUGUAAAGAGUUUAACAAAUGAAGUCAACAAAAGUGAAGGCCAUGGUACAAAAAUUGUAUUAGAGGCCAUCAACGAAUGUAAAAGAGAAAAAAGUGAUUUUCACUCACAGUUAGCGAAGUCGUUUGGAACUGGUUUGAAUCUGACCUAUUUGGAUUUGUCUUGCAGUGGUAUUAGUGAUGCGGGCGCUACAUGUAUUGCUGAGGCAAUCAAAGUCAACAAGACGCUAACCAAAUUGAAUUUUUUUCGUAAUGAUAUUAGUCAUGCGGGUGCUACAUGUAUUGCUGAGGCAAUCAAAGUCAACAAGACGCUAACCAUUUUGGAUUUGUCUGGCAAUGGUAUUAGUGAUGCGGGUGCUAAAUGUAUUGCUGAGGCAAUUAAAGUCAACAAUACGCUAACCAAUUUGGAUUUGUCUUGCAAUGGUAUUAGUGAUGCGGGUGCUACAUGUAUUGCUGAGGCAAUCAAAAUCAACAAGACGCUAACCAAAUUGAAUUUGUUGCUUAAUCGUAUUGGUGAUGCGGGUGCUACAUGUAUUGCUGAGGCAAUCAAAGUAAACAAGACGCUAACAAAAUUGAAUUUGUUUCGUAAUCGCAUUAGUGAUGCGGUUGCUACAUGUAUUGCUGAGGCAAUUAAAGCAGGGUUUAAAUAGCUUUAAAGUAGAAGGGCACUGCCUUUAAAGUGGGCAGGUACCCUUGAAAAUUGAGGGCCGAAGGCCCAAACCUCUAGGGGGAUCCGGGGGCAUGCUACCCCGGGAAAUUUUUAAAACAUAAGUCUCCC